UACAAUGACGAGUGUUGAUGGGGCUACGGCCGACGACUCGAGCGACGCUGAAGCUGACGUGACAAUCGUGAGAGAAGAGAAACUCGUAUGCACUUAUAAAUCCGGUGAAAAGAACGUGCCGCAGUGUACAGCUCAGAUCACGCCAAAGAAAAGGAAAUUCGAAGGCGACGAGCACGAGUCGCCUGGUAAACGAAGAAACGUGGACGUGAAGACGCCGAGAAGAAAAUACAAUUCUCCAGGCAGGUCGCCACGGAGUCCAAAAUUGUCGGGAUAUUACUCGCCUCUUCACAUUACCGUUACAUCUCCGAAAUCCAAUAGGAGCCCUGUACGACAGUGCGAAUCUCCGAAAAGAAAUCAGUACGCGUCGACCGAUGAUGGCCCGUCGACUUCCACUACGCCGAAACACAAGACACACCCGUUACGCGUCAGCUUGCUUCGUGAAAAAUUUUUAAACUCGGAUCUAGAAAACGAUGGCACUGAUAAUAAUACUAACAAUGAAACAGAUACUGCCGUAAAAGCUGAUAAAACGACAACGAUUUGCGAAUCACUACAAGAUCCCGAAGAGAGAAUGGAAAAUAAUGAAAAUUUGUUGAUUAAAACGAACAAGGAAGUUCGUAAAAGAUUAUCUUUCUUGGAAGAAGAAGAUGCUUUUGCAAAGUUAAGUCAUAACAUAAGCCAGUCUGAAAGAUCUUUAAUCGCACUUGGGCAUUCGAGUGAUCAAGGACACGUGGAUGCAACCACGCUUGUUCCCGGCGAUGAGAACAGUAACGAUAGUGUCCCAAACAGUGUACAGAAAGGAGUGUUAACGAUGCAUCUCCCGAAAGAAACUACGCGUCAGACGUACGGAACUUGGCGAAAAAGUCCGCGAAACUUCAUCACGACGACAUCAUUCCCGAAACCGAUCUCGACGAAGACGAGGAGGAUGCGUGCAACAUGACCUUCACCCAGCACC